AUGACUGAUAAAGAAGAAUCGAAGAAAAGUGCUCGAAGUCUCGUGAGCAGUAGCAGUGGUGGAGAGGGUGAUGAGUUGGAAGGAGCUAGUGGAACUGCUGUUCGAAUGAGAAAGAAGUCGAAGAAGAGAGCAAAGAAGUCUUCCAAAACCAAUUCGAAGACUCGAAAAGACGAUGUGCCAGCAUGUGAUACCGUAGAGAAAGUGUCGAUGAAAUCAGGAAAUGAAACAUCUCAAUCCGAAUGGCUCAACGAUAUUCUUCAAGAGGAUGCACCGAAACCUCCGUCUCGUUGGCAAUCAAUUGUUGGUUUCAUGGAUAAUUACAAGUAUCCGAUCAUGGCUAGCGUCGUUUUGGCUGGUGUUCUCGUCUACUUCUCGGUCAGAAAGACGGCGAGAGCUGGAGCGAAAUGUCCGUUUACUGGGAAGACGAGUGCUUAG